CUUGCUCACCGCAAUAAGAAGUUCCACUCUGCCAUGUUCUUCUUCAUCGGGAACCUGGCCUUCUCGGACCUACUGGCUGGCUCCGCCUAUAUUGCCAACAUCUUCCUGUCAGGCCCUAAAACAUUUCAUUUGGUGCCUGUCCAGUGGUUCAUACGAGAAGGGACUGCUUUCAUCGCACUGGCUGCCUCAGUUUUCAGCCUGCUGGCUAUCGCCAUAGAGCGCUACAUUGCCAUCACCAAGGUCAAAGUUUACGGCUCCAACAAAACUUGCCGCAUGUUCCUUUUGAUCGGAACGUGCUGGGUGAUGUCCAUCCUUCUGGGAGGGCUUCCCAUUAUUGGUUGGAACUGUAUUAAUAACCUGGGGGAUUGCUCCGCUGUCCUGCCUCUCAACUCCCGAUACUACAUCCUGUUUGUCGUCACCAUCUUUACUAUAAUCUUGCUGUCCAUUGUGAUCCUUUACGUUCGCAUCUACCUUAUUGUGCGUACCAGCCACCAAGAGGCCACCAAUUCUCCAGCUUACGCUCUCCUGAAGACUGUCACGAUCGUACUUGGCGUUUUCAUCAUUUGUUGGUUGCCCACCUUCACCAUCCUUCUCUUGGACACUUCUUGUUCGAUGAAAAAAUGUCCUAUCCUCAACAACGCUGACAUCUUCUUCAGCAUCACCACACUGAAUUCGGCACUGAACCCGCUGAUCUACACGUUGCGGAGUAAGGACAUGAGGAAGGAGUUCCUCAGGGUGCUUUGCUGUUGGGGGCUGCUCAAUUGUGGCAGGCCUCCUCACCGCUGCAUGGUGCCACUCAAGAGCUCGAGUUCAAUGGAGCACUGCACCAACAAACACGAACAUCAGUCAAUUCCCAUCAUGCAGGACUGUACUACUUGUGUCUGAUUUCGUCUCCUCAGUGCCCAGGUGUUUGAAGACAAGGGGAGACCCCAGGCAAGGCACAGAAGACAGAAGUGUUCAGAGACCUCACUGAUGAAACGAGAAUCACAAUCAAUGUCUUCGGACUCUUGGACAUUUAGGGCAGAUAUCACAGCUGUGCUACCGGACGCUCACGUGUCCUUUUGUUGCUUCUGUCCUUGCAAAAGUUCCUGAACAUCACAGAAUGAGACUUCACCACGUAUUUUACAUUUUAAGGCAAAAUUAAAGAAAGCCAAAUUCAAAUGGGAAUAUCCAUUUAAGCUCUUUGACAAAACAUGAACAAUUUAAAGUUGCACUUUGUAGACUUCUAUGCAGCUUGUGAUUGUAUAUUUCUCAUAUGCUGACCAACCUACCAGAAGUCGCAUACAAGAUGUAUCCUAUCCACAAAUAGACUACCACUGUCUUGGUUCAGAGAUUUGAGAGGACAGAUUGAAAUGUACGGAUCGACAAUGCACUCCAUGUGAGCCAAACAACCAUGCAUGCUUGCAGAACCUCUCCUAAUGUAUUCAUCAAAUUACUUGAUAUACAUAACAUCCUUUGAUUACCGACAAUAAAAGUAUUCUUCAUACUUCAUUGUAUUGCAUGAAAGUCUAACCUGUGUAAAAACUAAUAUGUAUGGCCAACCCAUGUACAGUUGUCAAUGUUACUCCUCUUUGUCCAUAUUGUCCAUCUAAACUCACUGUCCCUUAAUAUUUUAUUUUUCUUUAACAUUCCUAAUUUUUCCUAAGAGGAAAGCACAAUCAGAAUGUGAUAACUGAAUUCCUGAUAUGAGUUUCUCUCAGCAGCUGGUGUAAAUGCUGGUUGUGUUGGCAUGACAGUGCCGUAGCUUCGCUGCGGCAGCGUAUGCUUCGUUUUGUGCCCUCUUGACGAAUUGAACUGAAUAUAAGAAUGAAGUGUUACGAGCGAACAUUUUCGCUGAUCGACAGUAUUACCGAACAUCAUUGUUCUCCUGUUGAUUAUUGAGCUUGCAGCAACAAGAACGGACACUCACUGUGAAGUCUUAAUGACGUUUAAAGUCAAUUGAAAUUGAUACGCCAUUGAUAAGACAGGAAACUUUGAGAUUAGGACAAAUUGAGCAUGCCUUUCUCUCUUUUGAAGGUAUAUUCAUUUUGAGAUAUGGGGGUUGUUAGGUGUUAUGCUGUCUUUUAAUAGGCCACAAGUCUUUAGAAGAAACUUUAAACUUCCUGCAACCACUGGAAGUCCAGUAUUUCCUAUGCUUCUUCCCGUUGUUAGGGACUGACCUUAAUGUUCCUAUACGUUAAUAUCAUCAGUCCAACACUUUCACUCACACAAUCACAGCCAUUGACUGUUUGAUCCCAGCAUGUUUUAGUUUCCUCUGCUGAUCGGUUUAGUUCAGCAGAGAAAGCACUUUGGCAGCUCUUCCAGUACCGACCUAAUGUAUUUUGGUUUUUCUUUCUUUCUUUCUUUUUUUAAUGCAUGAAGAGUUUAAGCCUGUGUGAGCAUCCCUAUCACUCCGUUCAAUGUAAAACAUUGCCUACCCUGUGGAACAAUGUUUAUUUUAUAUGAUAAAUAUAUGAAAGUCUGUAUGUAUCCGUGUACAGUAUGUAUGUAAUGUGUAUACGUAUAGAAUGUCUUGUGUGCAAUAGCCUUGUGUUUUAGUAGCAAGCUACUUGUGCUAAAUCGGUACAAUCCCAAACACUAAUGUCGGUACAUACACAUUAGUUCAUUCCUUUUUAAAAUAAAAAUA